CUCGACAACCUCCAUCCUCCCUCCGCUUCUCCUGGGUAGUCCCAAUUGCCCUCAACAACAACCCCCGUCGUCUCCCCCAUUCCUCUCUCCUCUUCGUUCUUCGGCACAUGCGAUGAUGCUGUCGCGGUCUGCCCUCGGCCGAAAUGCGCCGCGUGCGCUCCGGAAGCAGUGUGCUGCCAACACCCGCCGUGGCCUUGCUACGCCCUCGACCCCCAACUUCUCGUACGAUGUCUCUGAGACGGCCGGUGUGAAGCUGGCCAACCGUGAAGUCGGCGGUGCGACGACCACUCUCGCGCUGGUCGCUAAGGCUGGUUCCCGUUACCAGCCGUUCCCUGGCUUCUCGACCGCUCUCGAACAGUUCGCCUUCAAGUCCACGCUCAAGCGGUCGGCGUUGCGGAUCACUCGGGAGACUGAGCUGCUGGGUGGUGAAGUUUCCUCUUCUCACUCGCGAGAGAACCUCGUCCUCAAGGCCAAGUUCCUGUCUGGCGACCUUCCCUACUUCGCAGAGCUCCUCGCUGAGGUUGCUUCUCAGACCAAGUACCCGACUUAUGAGCUCAACGAGCUUGUCAUCAACCUCGUCAAAUACAAGCAGAAGACUCUUCUCGAGAACCCCGAGGCUCUGGCCAUCGACACCGUCCACGCCCUGGCUUUCCACCGUGGCCUCGGUGAGAACAUCACUCCCACCACCGCCGCGCCUUACGAGCAGUACCUGACCGCGGAGGCUGUUGCUGAGUUCGCCAAGGGCGCCUACGCGAAGCCCAACGUCGCCGUUGUCGCCAGCGGCCCUAACUCCACCGAGCUGUCCAAGUGGGUGAACGAAUUCUUCGGCCAGCUGCCUUCCAGCGUCCCCUCCAACCAGUUCCAGCCCCGUAGCACCGCUCCCUCCAAGUACUUCGGUGGUGAGCAGCGUGUCCCCGGCAAGAACGGCAACGCCGUCGUCAUUGCUUUCCCCGGCUCCAGCGCCUAUGGCACCGCCGGCUACAAGGCUGAGGCUGCUGUCCUGACUGCCCUCCUGGGCGGUGAGUCUACCAUCAAGUGGGCUCCUGGCUUCUCCCUGCUGGGCAAGGCCACCGCCGGAUUCUCUCAGGCCAAGGUCUCGACCAAGAACUUCUCCUACUCCGACGCCGGUCUCCUCACCAUCUCCGUCACCGGCAAGGCCGACCAGGUCGCUUCCGCCAGCAAGAACGUCGUCGACACCAUCAAAAAGGUUGCCGCCGGCGAGGUUGCCAGCGAGGACAUCAAGAAGGCCGCCGCUCUGGCCAAGUUCCGUGCGUUCGAGGCUGGCCAGAACCUCGAGACCGGUCUGGAGAUCACCGGAUCUGGUCUGAUCCACGGCAACAAGGCCUACCAGCUUGGAGAGGUCGCCGAGGCCAUUGACAAGGUCACCGAGCAGCAGGUUAAGGAUCUCGCCAAGGAAUACCUGUCCAACAAUGCCUCCGUCGCCGCCGUCGGAGACCUUUUCCAGAUUCCCUACGCCGAGGACCUUGGUCUGACCGUUUAGAUAUAUACGCAGUAGGCCACCACUGCUGACUCUUUCACACGUCACCGUCAUGUAUCCUGAUCAACUCGUUAUUUCCUUUGUUCGAUGUGGUUGUGCUUGUGUGUGACUGUAAUUGUAACCGUAAGGAAAUAAAUUAGACAUGCAAUCACCCUUUUACUUUGGUCUGUAGCAGCUGGCUCUAGUCCGAGCCUGUACAUUGUCACCAUACAGCAAUGCAGCAUGAGGUUGCAGUUCAAGUAAAUAGCUUUGUAUCCAUGGUCUGAUCCCCACUGCAAAGUCCUGCAUCUUCAGUAAAGGUAGUAGUAUCCUGUCUGCAGUCCAUAUCCAUG